GUUGGCAGUCCGCUAACUGGGGUUGACUAGACAGUAUAGAGCUUUUGUCAAAUUUGACUUUUCGUAGCAGGUUAGGAGAAUUUACACAGCAUGUUAGGAUAAUUAACGUAGCACGUUAGGAGAAUUAGGUUAAUAUUUGGAAAAAGGUCAGAGUUAGCUAAAAUGCCAAAAUAAAUACACUUUUGACAAAAGCUGUAGCCUUUCUAGCCAUGACCUCUUACUGGGUGAAAGGUGAUGAGAAGCGCUGCAUACACCACGAGCGGAGCAACAACAUAAACUACCGCAAGCGCCUUCCUCUAGUCUAGUCUAGAAAAUAGCCGCAACAUUAUUUUUAUUUUGAAUGGACGAGCGAAAACAACUUUUCACAUAUCGGAAUUUGCAGAAUAUCGCAAAAUACUACGGUGACAUGACCAACCAGUUCCCCACUGAGCGGACGUUCCAGUACCAGCAUAGCCUGCCUCCUCUCCCUGUACCGUCUCUAGAGGGGAGCCUCGCCAAGUACCUGGAUGCAGUGCGGCCGUUUGCUACAGAGGAGGAGUACCAGGUGACUGCAGCCGUAGUGAAGAGGUUUGGAGAGGGCAUCGGCAAAGACCUGCACCAAAAACUACUGCAGAGAGCCAGGACACGUAGGAACUGGUUGGAGGAGUGGUGGUUGGAUGCAGCCUAUCUGGAAUUGCGUUACCCCUCCCAGUUGAAUGUGAACUUCGGAGGUCCUGCACCCUACCUAGAGCACUGCUGGCCCCCUACAGAGGGAGUACAGCUACAGAGGACCAGCAUAAGCAUGUGGCAUACUCUACAGUACUGGGACCUGCUUCGCACGGAGAGGCUGGACCCUCAUAAAGCUGCUAAUGUGGUGUUGGAUAUGGACCAGUUCAGAAUGCUGUUCUGUACAUGUAAAGUUCCUGGAGUCACCAAGGAUACCAUCAUCAACUACUUUAAGACAGAGAGCGAGGGUCCAUGCCCCUCCCAUGUGGUGGUGAUGUGUAAGGGACGUUUCUUCUCGUUUGAUGCAGUGUGUGACGGACACAUUCUUACCCCUCCAGAGCUGCUCAGGCAGCUGACCCAUGUGAAGCAGUGUUGUGAAGGGGAGCCAGCGGGAGAUGGUGUCGCCGCUCUCACCUCAGAGGAGAGGACACGCUGGGCUAAGGCCAGGGAGUAUCUGAUAGGUAUAGAUCCAGCCAAUAAGACCAUCUUAGAGACCAUCCAGAGCAGUCUGUUUGUGGUCUCACUGGACGAUGCUAAACCCUACGCUACUGCAGAGAACUACACACCAGUGACCCUGGAAGCGCUGACAGGAGACCCCACCAUCCGCUGGGGAGACAAGUCCUACAACUCCCUCUCCUUCGCCGACGGAACCUUCGGAUCCAAUUGUGACCAUGCCCCCUACGAUGCCAUGGUGCUGGUAACUCAGGGUUACUAUGUGGAUCAGCAGCUCAAAGCUACAGACGGCAGGUGGAAGGGCUCUGAGACGGUGCGGCCUAUGCCUCUUCCUGAAGAGUUGGUCUUCACUGUGGAUGACAGAGUCAGGAGUGACGUUGCACAUGCCAAGCAACAGUACUUUGAGACUACUCAGGACUUGCAGGUGGUGUGUUAUGCGUUCACCUCGUUUGGGAAAGCAGCCAUCAAACAGAGGAAGCUCCACCCAGACACCUUCAUACAACUGGCCCUUCAACUGGCUUAUUACAGACAGCAUGGGAGGUUAGGUAGUUGCUAUGAGACAGCGAUGACCAGAAGGUUCUACCACGGCAGGACUGAGACCAUGAGGCCCUGUACCCUGGAGGCACAGAACUGGUGCCAUACCAUGCUCCUCCCUGCAGCCAGCGCUGAGGCUAAGAGGAAAGCCCUGCUGCUGGCCUUCAACAAGCAUAACAAACUGAUGGCUGAGGCACAGAAUGGAAAAGGUUUUGACAGGCAUCUCCUGGGCCUUUACCUGAUCGCCAAGGAGGAGGGACUUCCUAUGCCAGACCUUUUCACUGAUCCACUGUAUUCCAAGAGUGGCGGGGGCGGUAACUUUACCCUGUCCACCAGUCUGGCUGGCUACACCACAGUCCUGGGAGCGGUUGCUCCCAUGGUGCACCAUGGCUACGGGUUCUUCUACCGCAUCGGAGACGACAGGAUCGUGGCUUCCUGUACGGCGUGGAAGUCCAGUCCAGAGACAGAUGCAGAGGCACUGUUCCAGAACCUGGUUACCUCCCUACAUGAGAUGUUACAUCUCGCUACCACAGCUCAGCUCUAACACACACACACACACACAGAGUUUGUAGAUGGUAGUCAAUAAUAGUUUAGUUCUGCACAGAUCAAUGCAAAGGCACAUUUAUUGUUUUCUACAUUUAAAAAAAAAAUGUGUUAUUUGUUUAAAUGCAGCUCAACAAAUGAGUUUAUUUUGCUCUUAGUGAAUCAUUCUCUGUGAUUUUAUGUAGCAGCUAGAUCGGGGAUUCCCUGUUUUCAAAAUGUAUAGAUUGAAUUUCCACGAUUCUGUUUAGAUUUCGUCUGUUUUUAUGUUGUGAGAAACAUUUAGUGUUAACCCAUGCCAUGCACUGUACACCGCUAAGCUAACAUACACAUCCUAACUCGUAACAUUUAGUGUUAACCCAUGCCAUGCGCUGUACACCGCUAAGCUAACAUACACAUCCUAACUCGUAACAUUUAGUGUUAACCCAUGCCAUGCGCUGUACACCGCUAAGCUAACAUACACAUCCUAACUCGUAACAUUUAGUGUUAACCCAUGCCAUGCGCUGUACACCGCUAAGCUAACAUACACAUCCUAACUCGUAACAUUUAGUGUUAACCCAUGCCAUGCGCUGUACACCGCUAAGCUAACAUACACAUCCUAACUCGUAACAUUUAGUGUUAACCCAUGCCAUGCGCUGUACACCGCUAAGCUAACAUACACAUCCUAACUCGUAACAUUUAGUGUUAACCCAUGCCAUGCGCUGUACACCGCUAAGCUAACAUACACAUCCUAACUCGUAACAUUUAGUGUUAACCCAUGCCAUGCGCUGUACACCGCUAAGCUAACAUACACAUCCUAACUCGUAACAUUUAGUGUUAACCCAUGCCAUGCGCUGUACACCGCUAAGCUAACAUACACAUCCUAACUCGUAACAUUUAGUGUUAACCCAUGCCAUGCGCUGUACACCGCUAAGCUAACAUACACAUCCUAACUCGUAACAUUUAGUGUUAACCCAUGCCAUGCGCUGUACACCGCUAAGCUAACAUACACAUCCUAACUCGUAACAUUUAGUGUUAACCCAUGCCAUGCGCUGUACACCGCUAAGCUAACAUACACAUCCUAACUCGUAACAUUUAGUGUUAACCCAUGCCAUGCGCUGUACACCGCUAAGCUAACAUACACAUCCUAACUCGUAACAUUUAGUGUUAACCCAUGCCAUGCGCUGUACACCGCUAAGCUAACAUACACAUCCUAACUCGUAACAUUUAGUGUUAACCCAUGCCAUGCACUGUACACCGCUAAGCUAACAUACACAUCCUAACUCGUAACAUUUAGUGUUAACCCAUGCCAUGCACUGUACACCGCUAAGCUAACAUACACAUCCUAACUCGUAACAUUUAGUGUUAACCCAUGCCAUGCACUGUACACCGCUAAGCUAACAUACACAUCCUAACUCGUAACAUUUAGUGUUAACCCAUGCCAUGCGCUGUACACCGCUAAGCUAACAUACACAUCCUAACUCGUAACAUUUAGUGUUAACCCAUGCCAUGCGCUGUACACCGCUAAGCUAACAUACACAUCCUAACUCGCCGUCACCAUACACUUCCACUCUGCAGUGACCAGCGUAGCAUCGAGUCACCUGUCCCUGGUCAUUAGUGAUUCAUGAAUAGUAUUAUUUUUCUACAUUGAUUGGCUUUUCCAGAAGAGUGACUGAGGCAUAGAUGUUCUUGGUUGGUUGAAAUGACUCUUUUAGAACGUAACUGUUGUCGUAGCUGUGAAAUUGAGAAACAGAGAGAAACGGGUCAUGUUGUCUUUGACUACCGUCUCACCUCAGGCCUCAUGGGUAUUAUAUAAGGGCCCUACUCAAUCAAAACUGGUUUCCAGUUUCCAGGGCAAGAAAAAUGUUUUUAUGUUUUGCACAUCAGUAGAGGAUUAUGCAUUUGGCUGGAUAUGAUCAAUGAAACGGUGUUUGGGUGAGACGGAAGGAAACCCAAGUAAAUGAUGUGCCUUUUUGCUGUGUCCUUAUUUUAGUCUGUCCCCAGAGAUCUGGUAGGUGGUUUUGAUUGAAUAGCUCCCUAAUUAACCGGACAUUUUAGACUUUAAGCUGCUGAAUAGCUCUACCACUCCUAUGCCAGAUCCAUAGGCUGCCGCCCUAUGCAAUAUGCCAUUUUAUGUAGUAGAUGUCUGUAAUAAUGAACAUUCCUGUCACAAUAUACCCAUGAUACAUCAGUUUUGAUGCUCUCCAACACAGCCAUUGUGUUCAUACCUUUCAGACAGUCUUGAGAUUUUCAGCAUGUUUUUUUGUUGUAAAUGAGAGAAAAGUGAUAAAAGAUGAACACUGCAUUUGAUUCAAUCAACAGAAUGAAAAGAAGCUGUUUUAAUGCCUAAAGUAGUGAAAAUGAUGUAACCCACUUUACAGUAGGAAAAUUAUAGUUUUGACUUGGCUGACAAUGUAAACUUGGAAAAUGUUUUAUUGAAUAUGAAAGUUGUUUAGUGUGAUUGAACUGACAAAUCAAAGUGAUUGAAUCAUGUCAUGAGCCCAAAUAUUCAAAUAAAACAUCUUUAUUAAUGA